AUGAGUGAAUUGUGUCCCGUUUAUGCUCCAUUCUUCGGUGCCAUCGGCUGUGCCGCUGCCAUCAUCUUCUCUUCCUUCGGUGCUGCAUAUGGUACAGCCAAAUCUGGUGUUGGUGUGUGUGCCACCUGUGUGUUGAGACCAGACUUGUUGUUUAAGAACAUUGUCCCAGUCGUCAUGGCUGGUAUUAUUGCUAUUUACGGUCUGGUUGUGUCGGUCUUGGUGUGUUACUCCUUGGGCCAAAAGCAAGCUUUGUACACCGGUUUCAUCCAGUUGGGUGCUGGUCUUUCUGUCGGUUUGAGUGGUCUAGCCGCUGGUUUUGCCAUUGGUAUUGUCGGUGACGCAGGUGUCAGAGGUACUGCUCAACAACCAAGAUUGUUCGUCGGUAUGAUUUUGAUUUUGAUUUUCGCCGAAGUUUUGGGUCUAUACGGUUUGAUUGUUGCCUUGUUGUUGAACUCCAGAGCAACUCAAGAUGUCGUUUGUUAG